UGUGCAAAGCAGUCAAAGGUUGCACGGUAUGAAUGGAUGAACAUAGAGGCCGCCGAAGAGAGAUGGGAUAGCGAAUCAAUCUUCAAUUUCUAAGGAUUUCACGUUGACUGUCGGUGAUGUAAGAUGAACAUCAACAGCAGAUUUCAGAUGCCAUGCCGUCUCCAAAAUUAAAUAGAUCGAACAAACCGAAAAAAAAAAAUUAUAUAAAUAGUGCUUAAGGACCAGUAGCCAUUGAACCAUGUGCCAUCCACUACUCUAAUUGGCCGGCUAUAUCCACCAAUUGCUUCAUCCUUCAAACCCAUUUCUCCUUUUGAUUUCUCUCUCCUGUUCCCUAUUUUUUGCUAUGGAUUUUUCUCUUAAACUUGGAUUAACGCCGUCCAGCUUUUCUCUUACUCGCCGGAAAUUUCACUCUCCGAUCAACCAUCCACUUAAACACCAACUACCCAUUGUUACUCCACCUAGUUUGAAACUCAAGUCUAGAACUAUUUCAACAUCAUCUGGAAAUCCCCACCUAACUGUUAUGGCCGAGUUAAGCAAGCCCCUUGAUGGUCUUAGUCAAGAGCUCAAUUUGAUUGCAUCGCAGAAUUUGGAUCAUGCGCCGGCUCGCAGAAGGGUUCGAUCGGCAUUCACUCAGGUGCAACAGCAGCUUGACCAUCCUCUGUUUAAGUUGGCUCCUACAGGGAUUAGAACAGAGGAGUGGUAUGAAAGGAAUUCAAGAGGUACAGAAAUUUUUUUGAAAAGCUGGACGCCUCCAUCAGGUGUGAAAAUUAAAGGUGCUGUGUUUUUUUGCCAUGGAUAUGGGGAUACUUGCACUUUCUUCUUUGAAGGUAUUGCAAAGCGAAUUGCUGUAGCUGGCUAUGUGGUUUAUGCUUUGGACCAUCCUGGUUUUGGUUUAUCUGAAGGAUUGCAUGGUUACAUCCCAAGCUUUGACGGAUUGGUUGACAACAUCAUUGAACGAUAUGCAAAAAUUAAAGGAAGACCUGAAUUAAAAGGAUUGCCUUGCUUCUUACUGGGGCAGUCGAUGGGUGGAGCUGUGGCCCUCAAAGUUCACCUAAAGGAAGCACAUGCAUGGGAUGGAGUAAUACUUGUAGCUGCAAUGUGCAGAAUUGCAGAGGAUGUGAAACCGCCACCACCAGUUUUGAAGGCAUUAAUACUUUUGUCCAGAGUCAUGCCAAAAGCAAAGCUUCUCCCGCAGAGAGAUCUAGCAGAGCUGGGCUUCAGAGACCUGAAGUCGAGAAAAGUGGCAGAGUACAAUGUAAUCUGUUACAACGAUCGAAUGCGACUAAAAACUGCCGUGGAACUCCUGAAGGCUACAGAGGAUAUUGAGGCAAAACUGGACAAGGUUUCAUCUCCAUUAUUGAUUCUCCAUGGAGCUGCUGACAAGGUGACAGAUCCUAUGGUGAGCCAGUUUCUCUACCAGAAGGCCUCUAGCAAAGAUAAAACGCUGAAGCUCUAUGAAGGAGGUUAUCACUCCAUUCUUGAAGGGGAACCUGAUGACAGAAUUUUUGCUAUCUUUGAUGAUAUUACUAGAUGGCUCGACUCCCAGUGCUCAACUAAGUAAAAGUUGUAUUAGCCUUUUUCAUUUGUUGUAACUUCUAUCAUUGGCUUCCUAUAUCCUGUGAACGCCCUUGUGCUCGAUUAUCCAAAUGUUGGCAUUUUCCCCCUCAAACAAUAAGAACAUUUCAUUACCAUCCAUUAUCGUACAAGUAAUUCAACAUAAGCAUUAUAUUUUCUCUA